GUAUCCGGACUCGCGAGGCACCUGGCGCCGCUUUCGUGAGGGCGGCCGUCGCCCCGAAGAGGGCUCGUGUGGGGUGUGUCUUGUCUGAGAGGAUUUGCCCCAGAGGAGAGCGCGGCGGCAUCUUAGCGGCGGGGCAGAGAGAGCCUCUCGCCCCAACAAGCCUUUCCUGCCGCCCCGAAAGCUUAAGCCGCCACCACGACGACGGCAAGGGCGACAUCUUCCUGGCCCAGGUGCUGCCGGUGCCUGCCGUGUAGCGCCCCCCCCCCGUGGCAUUUGCAGCCCCGCCGCGCUCAAGGGCAUCCCCGUGGAUGGUCCCCAGAAGGAAAAGGAGCAAGGCUGAGGCGGCUUGAUUCGGGGCAACCCUGGCUGUUCUCCUGUUUUGUUUCGUCUCUUUCAUGUUCAGUUUGAGAGGCCGUUGGGGGAGCGCUGGUCGGCCGUUGGGAGGGCGGGGUAGAAAUCAAAAUAAAUGUGAGGCAUCCUUUGUUCGCCCUCUCGGAUGCAGCAGGAGCUGAGCUUUUCAGCUUUGGGAAAGUGUCGCCGGGGCUGGAUGAAGAGAGAGGAAGAUGGAUGAAGAGAGAGGCUGGGUCUACAAACCAAUGGUUUCUUCCUGCUGUUAGAGGAGAUAUCCCACCAGGCUGUGCAGCCCAUGGUUUUGUCUGUGAUGGUACCAGAAUACUAGUAUUUGGAGGAAUGGUUGAAUAUGGAAGAUAUAGUAAUGACCUAUAUGAAUUACAGGCAAGUCGAUGGCUGUGGAAAAAAAUGAAACCUCAGCACCCAUCAACAGGCUUGCCACCUUGCCCUCGCCUUGGCCACAGCUUUUCCCUGUACGGCAACAGGUGCUACUUAUUUGGUGGGUUGGCAAAUGAAAGUGAAGACACGAACAAUAACAUUCCCAGAUAUUUAAAUGAUUUCUAUGAACUGGAGCUACAGCAUGGUUCAGGUGUCAUGGGCUGGAGCAUUCCAGUGACCAAAGGAGUGCUGCCUUCACCCCGAGAAUCCCACACAGCUGUUAUAUACUGUAGAAAAGACUCGGGAAACCCAAAGAUGUUUAUUUUUGGAGGGAUGUCUGGCUGUCGACUUAAUGACCUUUGGGAGCUUGACAUAGAAACAAUGACUUGGUCGAAACCAGAAAUUAAAGGGACUGUGCCACUUCCCCGUAGUCUCCAUACAGCCAAUGUAAUAGGAAACAAAAUGUACAUUUUUGGUGGAUGGGUUCCACAGAGCACAGAUGAUAAUGUGUCUUCUCAAGAUGAAUGGAAAUGUACUGGCUCAUUUUCUUACCUAAACUUAGAUACCACAGAAUGGAUAGGUCUGAUAGGAGAUUGCCAGGAAGACAAAAAUAACCUGUUGCCAGGCCCAAGGGCUGGCCACUGUGGCGUCAUAGUUGGCACUCGUCUGUAUAUAUGGAGUGGCAGAGAUGGAUACAGAAAAGCUUGGAACAAUCAGGUUUGCUGCAAGGAUCUUUGGUAUCUAGAUACUGAGAAACCACCAGCACCAUCACAAGUACAGCUGAUCAGAGCUACUACUAAUUCAUUCCAAGUUAAAUGGGAUGAAGUUCCUACUGUUGAAGGUUAUCUUCUUCAAUUAAAUUUGGUGAUGCCAUCACCUGUUACAGCUGAAAUACCUAUUAACAUGGCAUCCGAAGCUCCAUCACCAAGCGUGCAAGGAAUCAAGCUGGAUCUUCACAGCCAAACUCUCAAUAAAGUCCCAAACAACGUGCAAAUUUCAAUUUCAGAAACUAAAGUAAAGGGCCCGGAACCUGAAAAUGCAGAGAAAAACCAUUCCGCUUCCAAAGAGUCCAGCACCUCUUUAUGUUUGCCUGCUAGCACUUUAGUUAAAGAGAUUGCUGUUCCCCCGACAAGUGUUGCUUCUGUUAGUCCAAAUGAUUCAGCUAUACAAUUGCCUAAAACUUCACCACCAAAGCAGAAUGCAAGAAAACAAGAACGAAGGUGGUAUGAUGUUGGCAUUUUUCAAAGCAACAGUGCUCUAGUGAACCAGUUCUAUUUGUUGCAGGAAGAAAAGGCCAUAAUUUCCAGCAAGGUAGAUAAUUCAGAUAUUCCAAACAACAGUUUACUUAAGAAACAGGAUCUUGCUCCAGGCACUUUAUACAGGUUCAGGGUUGCGGCAAUUAACGGCUGUGGCGUAGGGCCAUUCAGUAAAGUCAGCGAAUUUAAGACCUGUAUCCCAGGAUUUCCUGGAGCACCUUCCAUUGUCAAAAUUAGCAAGAGUGCAGAUUGUAUUCACCUUUCAUGGGAACCUCCAGUUUCGCCUUCAGGAAAUAUCUUGGAAUAUUCUGCCUACUUGGCUAUAAGAACCACCCAGCUGAAUGAAAAUCCUCAUCAGCUUAUGUUCAUGAAAAUCUAUUGUGGCCUUAAGACCUCAUGUACAGUGACUGCUGCCCAACUUGCAAAUGCCCACGUUGAUCACACAUCCAAACCUGCCAUAGUUUUUAGGAUUUCAGCCAAGAAUGAAAGGGGAUAUGGACCGGCCACGCAAGUUCGAUGGCUCCAAGAAACGAAAACAUCAAGUUCAAAGUAGAAAUGGCACAUUGUGCUGCAAGUUGUGAAAUAGCUGUUAGCUCUCAUGGCGUUUUGUAACUCCGUCAGUUAUUUCAUUUGAUAUUGUCUUAACUUCACAGCAUCAGCGUUGUGCAGUUUUGCAGAACUGCACCUGCAGUGGCUGCAUUUUUCAUACCACUUUAUCUAGUAAGGUCACUUUAGAGUCCCACGCUCAUAACUCAGAGGAUUAGAUACGCAUCUAGAUUUUUGGAGAGUCUUCCUUCCAAUAGCUCCCAACACAUAGAUCCCCAGUUGCAUUAGCUUCCAAUGGAUAUAGAAGGGCUGUAGCUCAGUAGCAGAGCAUUUGCUUGCAUAAAAAAAGGACUCAA